AUGCUCGGAUUAUGUCUGGCCGUUUUUCUGACAGGAAUGGAUCAAACUAUCCUGGCCACAGCAACACCGGUGAUCAGUGAUGAAUUCCAGACCAUUGCUGAUCUAGGGUGGUGGACAAAUGGGUACUUGCUCACGUUGAGCAGCUUCCAAUUAUUCUAUGGAAAGCUGUAUAGCCUUUUCUCAAUCAAGAUUGUCUACCUAGUCGCCAUUGCGUUGUUUGAAAUCGGAUCCCUCGUCUGCACCACUGCUCCCAACUCUGCUGCUCUGGUGAUUGGGAGAGCAAUUGCAGGCCUAGGGGCAGCCGGAAUCUUCUCCGGCGGCAUCCUGAUCACCACGAAGACUAUCCCAUUGGCUCGUCGAGCGGCCUACUUGGGUAUCAUGUCUGGCGUAUUCGGUGUUGCUGCCAUCCUCGGCCCAUUCAUUGGCGGUGGCUUGAUCGACAGCACGACUUGGAGGUGGUGCUUCGGUAUCAAUCUCCCUCUCGGAGUCAUUACUGUGAUCAUUUGUGCAUUGCUCGUGAAGACACCCGUUCAACCGGAAAUUGAGGGUUUCACAACGGCACAGAAGUUGCGCCAACUCGACAUCCCUGGUACAGUUCUCAUGGUGGCCGGUCUCAUAUGCCUCCUCAUGGCGCUGCAAUGGGGAGGGUCCACGUAUUCCUGGAACGACAGUCGCAUAAUUUCCCUGUUCGUCGUUGCUGCGGUCCUAGGCAUCGCAUUUGGAGCAUUUCAAACACUGAGCAGGUUCUCUACCACCAUCCCGCCCGCUGUGGCUCGUAAUCGGGAUGUUUGGUUUGCGGCCACUUACGCCAUGAGUAUCACAGGCGGUGUGUAUACGGCGAUCCUAUACCUUCCCAUUUGGUUCCAGACUGUGCGCGAUUACUCGGCUUUAUCAUCCGGCACAAUGCUGACCCCUCUGAUCGGUGGCUACGUUGCCUGCUCUGUGAUUGCCGGUGCAAUUACCAUGGCUGUCGGUUAUUACAAUCCCGGAAUGAUACUGGGCACACUGCUAGCUAUCUCUGGCUCCGCGCUAUUGACAACCAUCGACACUAGCUCAUCCACGGCUCGCGUAAUUGGAUAUCAAUUACUUUGUAUGUACGGUUUUGGCGUAGGAUUUGCCUUCGGCCAACCCAGCUACGUUGUACAAACGGUGCUGCCACCCCCUGACGUUCCCAUUGGUGUGACUUUGAUCACAUUAGUUCAGAAUCUUAGUGCCUCUGUUUUUGUGGCUGUGGCCCAGAGCAUAUUCCAAGACAAGCUUAGAUCUCACUUGGAAGCUAUGGACCUGCCCGUGUCUAUUAAUAUUUCAUCUACCGGAGCAGCCCAGAUCGCGGAUGCAGUGCCGCCAGAGUUCCGGGACCGCGUCGUAAAAGGCUUAAGCGAAUCUCUUGUCACGACCUUCUACAUAUCGCUGUCUCUCAGUUGCGCUUCAGUGAUAGGUGCGGUCGGAACUAGGUGGCGAUCGAUGAAGGAAGGAGGGACUAGGAAAACGGAAGAAACUGCGUUAGCUGAUGGAAAUAGCGAGCAACACCACACGGGCGAAGCUUUAGCUGAACGGAAGUAG